AUGCUAAGAAGGCAGCAUGGAAAACUCAUCCCGAAUGACUGCAAAGGGGUGAGAAGAAACGCAUUUAUCAUCCUUCUUUUCUUCACGCUUAUACCAACCCUUUGCCACUCGUUUUCUUCCAACGUUUUGCCAACAAUAUCUCCCUCAUCGUCAUUAUCGUCCAAUACGAAUAAUGAUGAAAUAAACCCCAAACUUGUCAUUCGAAGAAUCAAAUCGAAACCAAAAAACGUUGAACAUGCGCUACACAUUUUGGAAUCGAAUGGUCAUCAUCCCAUUGUCGUUGUCGAAGCGCUGAAAGUUUGUGGCAACUGUCAAGAACAUGAUUUGGCCUUGAAAGUCUUUCAGCAAUAUCCAUCUGAACCAGCUCGGACUAUGACCAUUUUCGUUUUGGGAUCUAGCCAAGCUCACUAUCAAAAAGCCUUGGAUCUCUUGGAUGACAAGGACGUCACGUCGCCUAGCUACAAUGCAGCCAUUGCGGCUUGUGGCCGUGCCAAGGACUGGGAGCGAGCCUUGGAAAUACACGAUGGGCAAAUACCCAAGGACCAACGAACAACCUUGACAACCAAUGCCCUCAUGACCAUUUUGGCGCAGUGUCGUAAGGGUGCUCAAGCGUUACAAGUGUUGCAGGACUUUGAUGACGAAGUUGAUGUCAAUAAGGAUGGAGACCAUCAGCGCCGUCCUUCCCGAGUCACAUAUCAGACGGCUAUCUAUGCCAUGGUACGAUCGCAAAUGGAAAAAGAGGCUUUUGAAGUAUUAGAAGAUUUUGUACAAAAGGAAUCAUCAUCACCCUACAAAUCGCAACAACUUCCUACCGACGCCAUGUUCGACAUGUUGACAGCUGCCUUUCACAAACGAUCCAACUGGGAAUACAUUCGCAAGGUCGAGCAACUCCGUCAUCCCGAACGAUCCAUUGAAUUGUCGGAGGUUCAAAACAAGUAUGCCUUUCAACAUUGGGACAAACUAGAAAGGGUGGGCAUCGGCAAAAAGUCCUACUUUGUCUUGGGUCAAGUGUCGAUGCCACAGUCUGGAUCGGCAUCGCAACAGCCAUUAAAUAUCACCAUUGGAGUUUUGCCACACCGAAAUCCAGGCAAGAAUGGUAUCCAAUUGGAGUUCCAUGAGAAUCAUCCUUCUUCUUCCAAUGAAACAGCAAGUGCAGCAAGCCCUGAUCGCACAAAAUUGGGAUUUCUUCUCAUGCAAAACAGUGCUACUGACAAUACCAGUACUAUGCUAGGCAUGUUUCUGACACCUGCUAGUCGCGGCAAGGGGAUUUCAAAAGCAUGCAUGGCAGUUUGGUUGUCCUUUUGUUUACAGGCAAAUAUUCGUCCCAAGACUGGGAUCAUCAACAAGCCACUGUUGGCAUUGGCCUUGCAACAUACAUUUGGAUUUCGGCCCGAAAAGGGUUCGAUUGACAUUGAGUUGGUGUCGCCGUCCGCAGUCCCUGAAUCGCAACGAGAACAAGCACAGGCUUCUUCUUCUUCUUCCGCACCUCCAUUGUGGAUCUAUGCGAAUUCUCGCAAAACCAUUGAAAGUGUCUUUUCCGCGUGGGACAUUCAAAAUCAAAACAUUAGCGUCUUGACGGAACCGCCCCAAAGACCACUGGAGUCACGUCGGAUAGUGUCGAUGCGCACCGCCUUUGAAACUCCUGAUGACCUGGAAGAAUUGCAAAAAACGAUUGACAAAAUACUGCCAAAGGCUUCCAUUUCGUCGCAUUUGGAAGGGCAAGACAUUCGCCGAGUCUAUUUGGGGAAGGAAUGA